AUGACGCACUAUUUUCCGUUCACCAUCCGCCAACACGACGACGACCGGCAGCAGCAAAAGCACAUGAUCAGCUCUCGAAUCGUCGAAAAGGUAUUCCACAAGUAUCUGCAUCAUCCGUUCGACGGGGACACCGUUCGCGAGUGCAUUAGAAUCGACAGUUUCGCCAUGACGCGUGCCGAGCAAAAUCUUCUGAACUACAUCAACCAGGUGCACUGCGAUCAGAUGUACGACAAGUGGUCGUUCGACAUGAACAGAGACGUGCUACUCCGGCUGGAAGACGUGGAAGAGCUGUUCGUGUUCAUAAAGAUAUUCUACGACAAAACCGUGUUCAACACCCUGCGCAUACGCCAACAGAGAUGCGGAUUCUUGAAGGUCAACAACCGCAAAUUUCUGCCUUAUUGCGUCAAGGACAACCGAAAGUACAUUCCGCUCUUCUGUCUGGAAGGCAACCUGGACGCCGUGAAACCGCACAGCGUGCUAAUGACGGAUUGGAAUUUGGCUUACUUGAAAUACGUCUGCCAGCUGCUGGAAUUGCCCAACUGGCUGUUUUCCGGCGAUUCCAUACUUGCGGCCACGCUGCAAGUCGCCAAAACCACAUUGCCUCCCGACACGGUAUACGAAGAAUACUGGCCGAUCGUCGUAAGUCCGCCGCCGCCUGACCUCGUCCGACCACCGUAUCAGUCAACUGCCAACCGUGAACCUUUGAGUGUCACACAAGGCCAGUCGACCAGUUCUGAUAACCAAAGUGCAGUGGAUCAAUACUUCAGCGAGGAUACGGGAUUUCAAUUGAACACAGGUCAUGCAAACCGCAGGCGAGCAUAUUUUUCACCUGGUCCAUAUAAUCGAAUGUUGCACUGGCGACGGCCGCGACGUUCUUCAGUUCGGUUAUCCGAAUUUGACGGUUUACCAUCAAACCAAACAUCGUCAUCAAUCCGCCAAUCAUACGAACACUGUGAACAUAAGUACCUAGUUCAACCGACCACACUCAAAGACAAAACGAUAUUUUGCAUUAACGUGGAACCGUACGUGCACUCCGACUACAUGGUGGCCGUUCAGGAUUUAGUAAGACAGUUAUUCCCCAACAGCAGUGUCAAGAGAUGUGCCUUUCUGUUGUCGUUUCUGGAGAAACCGCUGUACAGCGGCAACGCUGAACAAUUAGCCGUCAUGAGGGCAAACGGCCGGACGCAGGAUAUCGCUUAUGCCGACGAACUUCCAUUUGUCAAGUUAUUCGACCUCAGGCUCGUCUUAGACGAACUCAGCCGUUUGAUCGAACAAGACGAACAGGAGCUGCAGAGACCGCCGAAGAAGCGGCAACGGCUCAACUGAAACAGGACCGGUCCACGACUCAGAAUAACAUAUUUUGAUUCGUGGAAAGGACCUUCGAGUCAAUUAGCUCAGUACUGCAACCAAUGGGGGUGUUAAGUGAUAUCACUCCCCUAAAUUUAUUAUAUUUAGCUAGGACAGCAGUGAGGGUCGUCGUGCAAUACAGAUUUCAGAACUCUGUUACUCGCACGACGUCUAUUGUACAUUUUUAGGCAAUUACAAUAAUAUUAUUGCUCGUCAACGCAAUGCGGACAGAAAACUAUAUCAUUUCAACCCUUUCUUGUGAAAUCUUAAACCCUUCAACGUGUGAUUACCACCCUUUACGAUCUUCCAUAAAUAUGUACAUAAGUGCACAUUUUCUUUACAUACACUUUGUACAUAACAUACUGUCGUUUGGAGUUCUCUUUUGCUAUCUUUGCAAGUGUGUUCAAAUACAACUUUUUUCGAAUUAGCAGGCCAAAUUUUCUUCGUUGUUUGAACUGAUAUAUUUAAUACAACGUUACACUUUCCCUAAAUAAGUCCAACGGUCAUUAGGCAGGUUUCCUGAUCGAAGAUUCCUUUGGAGAAGAGCACGGUAUAUGUACCUGUUCGCAUGUCCCUUUGGAAUUCAUUGGUUCAAGGACCUCACAGGACACUAGGAAUCAUACUAAUCCCUCCUAAACGAGGGGAGACAAAUAGGGACUUGGUACGGUUCCUGGGAUCAACGCCUAGGCCCCUGCUCUUAUGAAAUUCCCGUUUGGGCAACUCACAUGGGAAAAAUCAAUAAGACUAUUUCGUUUACCAUU